AAAACCCUAGCCACAAUGGAAAAUGAUAAGGAUAGUGCUGUAAAACUUGUAGGAUUCUGGGUUAGUCCAUUUGUUCAUCGGGUCAGGUGGGCUCUAAAACUGAAGGGCAUUGAAUAUGAAUACAUUGAAGAAGAUAUAUUUAACAAGAGCCCUUUACUUUCAGAACUGAAUCCUGUCCAUGGAAAGGUUCCUGUCCUUGUUCACAGUGGAAAACCAUUACCAGAGUCAUUCAUUAUUCUAGAGUACAUCGACGACGUAUGGAAGCAGAAUCCUUUGCUGCCUCAAGAUCCUUACGAAAGAGCCACUGCGCGCUUUUGGGCUAAAUUUGCUGAAGAAAAGCUUGUUAAAGCUGCAUGGACUGGUUUGUGUUCAGAAGACGAUGAGCAGCAAGGAGCAGUGAAAUCAUCCAUUGAAGCUUUGGAAAAGAUUGAAGAAAACCUGAAAGGGAAGAAUUUCUUUGGAGGGGAUAGAAUUGGUUAUGUGGAUAUUAUAAUUGGAUGGAUUCCUUAUAUGUUGCCUAUAUGGGAGGAAGUUGCCUCGAUGAAGAUUUUCGAUCCAGUGAAAUUUCCGUCCACUGCUGCCUGGAUGAGUAAUUUUCUUGAACACCCUGCGAUCAAGGAAGAAUAUCAACCAUCUAAAGAUGAAAUGAUUGAGUAUUUCAAAUGGCGUCGCAAAGUCUUGAAAGGAACGUUCCCUAAAGUGUUCUCCAAUUCCGUGAAAAAAAAUUAACUUACUAGUAUGAUCUACUAAGCAAUAUAUAAGUCGAUAAACUUUGUAAUGCCCACUUAAGAAUCUAUCCAAGUUUGUCAAUGUCGUAAAAUAAACUUGAUUUGGAUUAUUUUGUUAUUUUCAGUUGGACUUGUUAAUUAUUGUAAUUAAUGAGACCAUAUCUAGAUUAGUUUAUGUUUUAGAACAAGUCAUGUUGUAGUAUAAUUUAUUGUGCCUCUGUUUGUUUCUCAUUAUUUACUCAUUAAAAUAAAAAGUACGUA